AUGUACCGGGGCUCUGAUGUCAGGGCUUUGAGCUCUGACACCCUCCUGGCUGAGGUUAUCGCUACCAGAAAUGCCACCUUGUAUGACAGGUUCCUCCACCUGGGCAGGAUGUUCGCCAGAGUCACCACCCGGCGCCUCCAUGGCACCGUGCCACCCCCUCCCGGCAGGACCCACGUGCUCCUCCUCUCCAGCCGGCACAAGGGCUCCCCCUUCGCUGGCCAGCUCUUCAGCCAGCACCCCAACGUCUUCCACCCGAUGGAGCCGGCCAAGCAUGUCUGGCACCGCCUGCCCAGAGGCAGCCUGGAGAUGCUGCAGGGGCCCGUCUGGGACCUGCUCUGUGCCCUCUUCCGGUGUGAGAUGGCCGCGCUGCAGGACUUUGUGCUGCAGCCCCGCCAGGCAUCCCAGAUCUUCAUGUGGCCCACGAGUCAGGCCCUCUGCUCCCCACCCACCUGCGAGGCCUUCCGGCGUGGGGACAUUGUGAGGCCGGCGGAUUGCCAGGUCCACUGCGAUGCCAGCCCCUUCGGGAAGGUGGCAGAGGCCUGCAUCACCUACAGCCACGUGGCGCUGAAGGUCAUCAGGUUCUUCCAGCUGGAGGCGCUCUACCCGUCCUUGGCCGACCCAGCCCUCAACCUCAGCAUCACCCACCUGGUGCGGGACCCCCAGACCAUCUACACCUCCCACCAGCUCAUCUCGCUGUACCCGGACAACUUGCUCACCAGCUGUCCCACAACGCGACGCCCAACGCCCAGCUGGCCAUGCGCAAAGUCUGCCACAGCCAAGCCAGCAUACCUGGUCUGGGAUCUGCUGGGCCAGGUGGCCGAUCGGUACCGCUACGCCAGCUUGGCCUCCUACCCCCGGCUCAAGGCCUGGGUGCCCAACAUCACCCACUGGUCCGGGCCUCUGGACCCCGAGGUCCUCCCAGUGUGGAGGGAUGCCAGCAAGGUCUCGCAGGCCUGGAGGCACCAGCUUACCUUCCACCAGGUGCAGGAGAUCUGCAAGCCAACCAUGGAGGUCUUUGAGUACUGGCUGGUCAGCUCGGAGGAGGAGCAGAGGGACCUCAUGAAGGACCUGGUGCUUCCAAGAGAAGAGAUUGAGGCUCAGACAACGGGCUGGGGUGUCUUCUCUGAUCUGCACUGA